GCUCUUUUUUUAGCUCGCUGCAGGCUGUACAAAAACAGGAGGCAGGCUGCACUGGAUUGGCCCCAAAUGCAAGUCCAAGAAGACGGGCUUCAACACCCAGUUGCAAAGUUCCUUAAGCAAGGGGCCGGCAGAUAGUGCUUUUAUGGGAGACGGAUCACACCUGAGGAUUGCAAGAGCUGGACUCCCCUGAGGGACUGGGAGCCCGCUCUUUACCCUGAGCCCUGGCGAACUCUGGCGUCUUGCCAGCCCAAGACCUUUGAGACACAGGUUCAGCCUGACCCCGCUCCCAACGGUUGCAACUGCCGGGGCGCUAGAGAGCGCGCAUGCGCCCACCCGGACUCGCUGCCAAUCAGACCACAGCGCCCGACCUCGCGCCGGCACCUGGCAGCCAAUCACAGGUGACAGCGGGCGCGCGAGCCGGGGCGUGGGCGUUGGCGGCGUCUGCGGCGCCCGGGGCCUGAGGAGGCGUAGUCGCCUCAGGCUUCGCCAGGGGAGAGCCUCGGGGCCGGUGAGCCGCCGGACUUUCUGGCCCCGCCGUCGACGGGGACCGUGGCGCGGCCGGAGCGGUCCCUGAGGGCCGAGGGGAGGGUUUCUCGGGUCCUCACGAGCGCCGGGCCUGGCACGGCCCUGGCGGCGUGUGUGGGGCCGCGGGCCCUCAGGAGGGAGGGUGAGGCCCAGGCCCUGACAUCCCUUUCACCCUCUCCCUUCCCCAAUCUGGGCGGGCGCCGCUCUCCGUCAGCCUCCCUCCCCCAGGGGUGGGCCGAGCUGGCCUCGGGGGAAGGGCGUAUCAGGCCCCCGGCCCCCGCCGAGGUCUCCUAAUACGUUACAGCACAAAACAACGUCAGGGCAGUUCUGUGACGCAGGCCCGGCGGGGUUCUGGAGAGCCGUGGGUCCAGGCGCUGUCAGGAGGGCGCAGCUAAAACAAACCAAAAAACAAAUCGAUCUGGUGGCUUCUCCCCUGCCGCUGCGCCUGGGCCCCCUGUGGGAGCCCCCCUGGGCGCCCGAGGAUGCGACCUGCUCCUGCCUGGAAAAUCUCAAGCCCCCAGGUUUUCAGUGCGCGCCUGAGGUGGCAGUUUAUAUAAAGGAAGCACUGGGACCUGUGGCCACACCCUUCAAGAAUAAAAAAAUUUAGAAAAUGGAACCACCAUGUAUGUUAUGUGAAGAACAAGAGUCAGAACCGCAGAAAAGCAUACAAGAAACCAAACAGGUAGACGAUGAAGAUGCUGAACUGAUCUUCGUUGGGGUGGAACAUGUAAAUGAAGAUGCUGAGCUGAUCUUUGUUGGGAUGACCUCAAAUUCAAAACCAGUCGUUUCAAACAUAUUGAAUAGAGUUACCCCAGGUUCGUGUUCAAGGAGAAGACAGUCUGGUCACGUCAGAAAAGAUAAUGCUCACAAAUUGCGGCCUGUAAGUCAUGUGAUGCCUACAUCAGAAGCAAUGACUGUCUUACCAGUUUCUGACUCUGAGUCAAGAUCAACAGAUAGUCCUAUUAUUAUUGAGCCUUUGUCUAAACCUGAUUAUAAAAAUAAUUUACUACAAGUCGUGCCUAUUAGCUCUUCAGAGUCAUGUUCUCCUCUGAUUACCUUCACAAGUUCAUUGCAGCAUCCAGUAGGAGCAGCACUUUCUAUAGGAGGUAUGAAUAAAAGUCCUCAUGUAACAAAACGACUUUCCACUUCUGAAACAAAUAGCACAAAUCCCCAAAGGCCUAAACUCAGUAAUGGAAUCAUAGGGGGACACUCUUUAGCUCUGGCCCCUUCAGGUAUCUUUCAUACAAUGACAGCUCAGCAAAGCACACCCUCAGACAGUGUUCAUACCUCAUUAAGCCAUGUUCAGAAUGGAGAACCUUGUCCAACAGCUUUUCCAAAGGACAGUGUUCAUUGCAAGCCUAUAAGUCCUUUUGGGGAAAAUGGACUGGCAAAAACAGACUUUUCGAGUCCAACAAGUCAAAACAAGACUGUUGAUCCCACGAAAGGAAAUCUGAUCGUGUUACUUCAUGACUUUUACUAUGGACAGCAUACAGGAGAUGGGCAGCCAGAACAGAAGACUCACACAGCCUUUAAAUGCCUCAGCUGCUUGAAAGUUCUAAAAAAUGUCAAGUUUAUGAAUCACAUGAAGCACCAUUUGGAACUUGAAAAGCAGAGGGGUGACAGCUGGAAAAACCAUACUACCUGCCAGCACUGCCACCGCCAGUUUCCCACUCCCUUCCAGCUGCAGUGUCACAUUGAAAGUGUCCAUACUUUCCAGGAGCCCUCUGCAGUCUGUAAAAUCUGUGAGUUGUCUUUUGAAACAGAUCAGGUUCUCUUACAGCACAUGAAGGACAAUCAUAAGCCUGGCGAAAUGCCCUAUGUGUGCCAGGUCUGCAAUUACAGAUCGUCAGCCUUUGCUGAUGUAGAAACACAUUUCAGAACAUACCACAAAAACACUAAGAAUUUGCUUUGCCCAUUUUGUCUCAAAAUUUUCAAAACUGCAACACCAUACAUGUGUCAUUAUAGAGGACACUGGGAAAAGAAUGUUCACCAGUGUUCCAAAUGCCGGCUACAGUUUUUAACUUUCAAGGAGAAAAUGGAGCACAAGACCCAGUGUCAUCAAAUGUUUAAGAAGCCUAAGCAACUAGAAGGAUUGCCUCCUGAAACAAAAGUUGUUAUCCAGGUGUCACUGGGACCUCUUAAACCAGGAUCAGUGGAAUUAGCAUCCAUUACUGUGAACACAUCUGAUUCUGAACCUUCACCCCCCAGGUCUAAAAGUAGAAUUUCAAAAAGACCCCAUUAAUUCUACUUUCAGUAAAUCUGAAGCAAAUACUUCAAAGUUAAAAACCCCACUAAAAACAAAAAAUCCAAAUCAUAACAUUAUUCAAUAACAUCAAAUAUAGUGAAACCAA